GUUCGAUGAGAUCCUGGAAGCCAGCGACGGCAUCAUGGUGGCUCGUGGGGAUCUGGGGAUCGAAAUCCCCGCCGAGAAGGUUUUCCUCGCCCAGAAGAUGAUGAUCGGCCGUUGCAACCGGGCGGGCAAACCUGUGAUCUGCGCCACGCAGAUGCUGGAGAGCAUGGUGAAGAAACCUCGCCCCACCAGGGCCGAAAGCAGCGAUGUGGCCAACGCCGUUUUGGACGGAGCCGACUGCAUCAUGCUGUCCGGGGAGACGGCCAAGGGAUCUUACGUGGUGGAGGCUGUGCAGAUGCAGCAUGCGGUAAGGGAAUCCUUGAGCAAUUCGAAGGCAGCUUGCCCUAAGGUUGGUCUGAGCAGGGCAGAAGAGUGGAGGAGGGCGGAAGAGGAGAAAACAGACGACCAGUCUAGGAAGGAAAACGUUGGGUUGAGCAUGGCCAUAAUGGAAGAGGAAGAAGGGAGGAGGAGGGAAGAGGAAAAUGAACAACAAAAACCUAUGGAUCCAGGAAAUGUUAGAAGGAAAACGUCGGUUUGAGUGUGGUCACAGCAGAAGAGGAAGGAGGGAGGAAGAGAAGGAGGGAAGAGGAAAACACCCAACCAGCCUAGGAAGCCAGGAAUCUAGAAGCAAAAUGUUGGUAUGAAAUGGUCAUGAUAGAAGAAGA